GUUCACAUACUGCCGGCCAACAAGGUGGUUCACAUACCACCGGUCAACAAAGUGGUUCGCAUGCCACAGACCAACAAGGUGGCUCUAAUGCUGAGUUUGGUGGGCGUUGCCCGUUUAUUCUAUCAGCGCCACCUCACGACUCAUGUCUGCCCGGCAAAAGUCCAUGCCUGGAAAGUUGGCUCCGUUCGGCGCACUUAUGCUGUUCGUGAUCGACACGAGAACGCGACAUCAGGCCCUUCAUGCCUCAGCUUCUUGUACAAUGCCUCUACUGGAGAUAUUCCAUGCGGCCCCCUGCGAAAGCAGAUUAUCGGCGAAAGCGACUCUAGGCCAAGCCGUGGGAAAGCUCCGGCUCCUGUGGGUAACUUCCGGAGCCGUGAUGCCCCCUCCAGCAGUGGUGAUUCCGGUGGCUAA